AAUGAACCCAAACUGAUGAAGUGUGUGUUUCUCUCUGCAGGUGCUGGUGGUACAGUGAGUAAAGUAGCAGUGCAGAGAGGAAGAUCUGUCACCAUUCCCUGUCACUAUGAUAAGAAAUAUGAAAAGCAUGUGAAAUACUGGUGUCAGGGGUCAAAAUGGAAUGCAUGUCAUACUCUAGUACGCACUGACUCUCCAAAAGUCGAAGGUGAAACAUCAAUCACUGAUGACCCUACACAUCAUGUCUUCGCUGUUACCAUGACAAAGCUGAAGACAGGGGACUCUGGAUACUACUGGUGUUGUGUAGAGAUCAAUUGGGGUGGAGAUGAGGGCACAUAUCUGUACCUGUCAGUCACUGCAGGCACUCCUGGACUCUGGGUUGACCAGCAGGAGAUGACUGGUGUGGAAGGGGGCCAUGUCAGUGUGCAGUGUCACACUAAUUAUCCAAGCAGCAUGAAGAACUGGUGCAGGGCUGAGGGCUCCUGUGUGGAAGUGAAUUCCGCUAAAUCUGGAAGAUCAGAGAUCAAAGAUAACCGCUCUGAAAAUGUCUUCAUUGUGACAAUGAGGGAGCUGAACAGGGAGGACACAGGCUGGUAUUGGUGUGCUGCUGGAGAACUACAGAUCCCUGUACACAUCACUGUCACUCAGAAAACUACUACUACCACAGUCACCACAACAACCCAAUGUGCAACAUCAACACCACCAUGCACAGCAACCACAUCAGCUACAGCUGAAGAGCCUUCAACCUCAAAGCAGUUAGCAGUCACAAUACCUCGGUCAUCUAUUCCACCCACUACCACUUACAAUAAAAGUCUUUCAGACCUCACAUUCGUUCUGAUGAUAUCAGGGAUACUGUUGCUGGCGGCAGCUGUUGCUACCAUUACCUGGAAGCUGUGGAAGAAACACAAGAGCAUCAAGGUGAACGCAAGAGCAAGAGAGGACAGGAGGAACGAGGUGACACAGAAUGUAGACCCUGAGGAUGAAGUGACCUACAGCACAGUGUUCACCAAGACACGGUCAUCAUCACACAGAAUGAGUCCACCUCAGUCACAGUCAUCUGAGAGCUCUGCAGAUGAGGUCAUUUACUGCUCAGUCGUCCUGCAAAAUCCACAGGCCACACACUCCCCUAACCAGUCUCCAGCAGGAACAGCCGAUGAUGUGAUUUACAGCUCAGUAGCCCAGCAGAAAAAAUAGUGAUUACAGACACAUGGUGGCUGUCGUAAAGGGUUCACACUCUACUGUUUGAGUAGCGCUAAGAAUAAUCACAACUGUUUGACCGUCUAUUCCUCUGUGGGGUUUUGGUUCCUGAAUGUCAGAUCUUCAGUGAAGCAGGAACUUCUUGCAUGGCAAACUCUAUCUGCAAAUUCUACUCAUAUUCCACUGAUGGUUUAAUUUCACACAGACCGGGACAUUCAGUAAUUAUGACCACACAGGUUUCACCUGCCAAUAUUAAAUACAUAUAAACAGUGUAGGCUGAUAUUAAAGAAGUUGUAAGCUUUGCAGCGCAGUAUAGAAAUAGUAGAUCUGACUGACUCAAUGCCUUUGGGUGUUCAUUUGGGGCAUUUAUUCUUCAUGCUAUUCUUAGCUAUUUCUGAUGUAAUGUGACCGGAGAAUAAAUCACCCUUUAACAGACAAGUAAAGCGUCAGAUUACGAGUAAUUAGCAGCUUGUUCUUGGAUUAAAGCAAAUUCUGGGCAUAAUACUCUGCAGUUUUGCUCUUUGCCCAAGAAAUAUCAACCCCUUAAAUCAUAUAAGAUACUUAUCUCAAGGCUCUGUGACUCAUGGAAGUUGCAUUUAAUUAUCUUUAUAAACUUUCCUUCAUUCCUUUCACUGUUUUUAGGACCUUUUUUCAUUGUUUAACCCAAAUUAUCUUGAUAUAUGUAUGUGUGAAUGUUCCCUUUCAGCUCAAUAGGGGGCAGCAAUGAGUUUGAUGACAGUCCCGAAAGCAAUUCUGUUUACAUCACUGAACUGUAUAAGAAGAGUUCAUUGGUUUAUAUGCACAAGGGAAGAGUCCCGGAUGCUCUGCAAAGUGAAGAACCUGAGGAUUCCCAUCAAAUGCAGCCAUUUAGCCCAUUUCAAAUGUUUGACUCUGCUGCCCUCUGCUGGAUCAAAAAGGAUACUUUCAAUUUCCUACGUAAUAAUGUACUGAUGCACUCUGCUGGACAAACUAAAAAUGUUCAUAUCUUUGCUAGAUGAUUAAAUUAAUGUGGUAUAGCUGACUGGCACAAAAAAAGUAUAAUUCUAAGUUGUUCAUGUCUUCAUGUAUGUGAGAACUCUGGAUUCUGCAUUCAAAAGACAACAAACUGGGGAGCUCAAUAUUUACGACAUGCUCAGAGGUCCAAUACUAGCUUAGUUAUCCUGUCCUGACUUCCAGUCAGCGAUUUCCUGUCAGUAAAGCUUUAUGCUAUACAAGUAAAGAAAGAAAAUGUGAUAUUUAACCUGUGUGUUUAGUUUGGGACAAAUUUUCCCAUUUUAAACUUUUAGUAAAGAGGAAUGAUAUUGUUGACAGAUGUAUUUUAUAACCAGUGACUAAUCCUGUCUAAGUUUGGUUAUUGUUUUGUGUUCCUGUGUGUUAUUCAUCAUCUGUAUUUGCUUUAUGUCAUUUUGCUGAUAUAGUUUCUUUGAAUACAAAAAGAUAAAGAUGAAGAAUAGAGAAUGUCAUUUUAAAACAAAUACAAAGUGCUGGCUGGCAUCAUGGUGCAAAGAAAGUGUGUCAACAUUAUCGUAACUAUGGUGAUCUUCAAAACAGGGAAUGCAGAAAACACAUAUUUAUU